AUGUCACUGUUCUCCUCGACUCCGACACCGGAAGACACCACUCCCCCACCAUCUAAUGCUACGCUUCUCACAAGCACCGCGCAACUGCAGCCCCAUCUAUGCUACUAUUACCACCAGCACUAUUCGCACGCGCCUCACAUCCUGCCACUAAGAAAUCCUGGAUUGUUGGAGCAACGGGAUGUCGGUGACGACUCCCUCCAGUUACCGCGAGAGGCGGCAGCGCCGGGGCCGUCUGUCGCGUCACCAAUCGCCCCCUCCUCACCGCAGCGGAUCCUCCGCGUACAUCAGCCGCUCGUGUACGCGCCCUGGGGCAUGAUGCCGCAGUUCAUGCCGCAGCCCGCCGACGGCACACCUACCCACCAGCCCCACGCCACCCCCGGCGCACCGGUCAGCCCCACGACAGCCACGGUUAUCGCACAGGGCGCGCCCGCCAUCUCCCUCGAUCUUCCGGUCCCGCGGAGCCCCGACAAGCAGGUGCGCACCUACUGCGCGCUCGCCUUAUUUGUGCUCAUGGCGGCCAUGGGGCUGCUGCUCAGCUCCUUCUUCACGCCGAUCUGCACAGCGUGCUUGAACUUCACGCGAAGCGUCACGGAUGUACAAGACCCGGCAGUCUACAAGCGCAGCAUCGAAGGCAGCCUCGGUAUGCAGAUCAGCGCGUAUGCGGCGUUUUCUCCCUGCACCGUGUUCAAGAGGCACGCGUGCGACACGAUCACCGCGGACCAGGUGUCUGGGUGGAUGCGGUCCAUCACCAACGGCAUGCAGGCGCCGUUCCCUGAUCUGUUCUCGUACAGCGGUAUUGACCGGGCACGCGUGAGCUCCUGCUCGUACAUUUGUCUACCAGCAGCAACAGCACACCCGGUGCCUCAGCUGCAGAACACCGCGGCCCCCGUGGUAAUUGACUGGCGCGCCUUCCGCAGCGACUGUGGCCCAACCCCUCCUGCUUUGCCUCUCCACGCACACCACGGCUGGAGAAGCGGAGGCAGUGGCCUGGGCAACGUCUUGACAGGUCUGCGCGCUCAUGAAAGAGAGCCACACUCCCAUCCCCCUCUUGCUGCUCCUGGGCAGGGCGAUGCUCCCGGCCACAACGCUCCUACGCACGCACCCCCCGCUGCUGGCACGCCGCAAGGCGGCAAUGUGAGCCACGUUCGCAUCGUCCUCCACAGCUCUCUCCCCCAGGGGGCAAAAGCCGCCUUCACCCUCACAUGCGACAGCGACACCGACACGGUUCCUAUGCUGAACCUCACAACCAUCUACAAUGCCGACGUCUCCGCAUACCUUCCCGACGACACGGACGCAAGCAGCUCGAAAAUGGUGUCCGCCGCAGACCUUAUCACAAGGGCGGACCCUAAAAAUGUGGUGCGCGAGUACCAACCCGUCAUGCGCACCUGUGCCGAGUACCUCGCGGCGUGCGCGACUAUCGAGACUGGGUACUACAUUGUGAUCGCCCCUGCCAGCCCACUGCACAGGUGCGGGCAAGAACCCGUCAGUCGACCCAGCAGCCCUUCCCAAAGCUCGGCGACGGCUGCGAAAGUGCUCAUAUGCGACAUCACUGUCUACGAGCCGACCGCAUACGCAGCAGGUGCUAUGCGCUUCACCGCGACGGCACAGCUAGCCAUGAACAUGGUUGUUUACCCGUCCAAUGUUCGCUUCCCCAGCAGCGCAGCAGGGGCGCCGGUGUGCCUCACGCCAUCUGCGAUUCUUCUCGUGUUCGCCGAGGCCUUCAUGCUGCUUACCAUCGUCCUCAUAGCGGUCGCGGUAGGCAUGGCCCCUGCGCAGCGCGCCAAGCUCCGCCAGCUCCGCGCCGCGCUAGAUGUGGACGCUUCCGUGGCGAUGGAAAUCUUGUACCGCGCUCAGGGGGCCGUGGCGGCGGCCAUGCCGCUGACAGCGGCACCAGCACCCGCAGCGCCCCGCACACCUCACGAACCUGGCGCCGAAGCUGGCCACGCCACCAACGAGCCCGCCGCCGCCACAGCGGACGACGCAUCCCCGAUGUCGUUCACCUCCCCGUCCACGGCGCCACCACAGCCGCACACGCAGACGCCGCAGCAGCAGCCAUCGGUGGCGCACACGCCCCAGUCAGCGUUGUCGGGCACCGCCGCCGCUAUGCUGCUUGUGCCGCCAUACCACCAGCUCGGGGGGCCGACGGUGCCUGGGACGAGCGGCAGCGGCAGCGUGGGUGUACCCGGCAUUAUGGCGGGCCGCCACCCGUCGCCGUACAGCGAGGGGUACUACCUCCAGCCGGAGCACGGCCCGAGAAAUGCAGCAGCACCCCGCCGCGACGCAGCCGACGGCGUGGUCCCACCUGCCGGCGCGGCACACACGUUGCUGGCCGCAGCGGCGGCACCGCAAGGUGAGAGGGACCGCAGCACUACCACGCGUGGCGCGUCGUACACGGCGUCUCCCGGCACGAGUCUGGUCGCGCAGGAGAAGAGCGUGGUGUGCAGCAGCAGCGGCGUGCGAGAUGUGUCCGUGCGGAAUGUUACUCUGCACCGCAUCGGCCGACGUUGGCAGCGGCAGCGUGGCACAGCCGGCGUCGUGCACCCAGAUGCCGGCGUUGGCAGCGAUGAGGAUCGGGACGCCGACGGCGGCGAACGCGCGGCCCGAGAGGAUGCCUACCAGCGCAGCGCCCCGCCGCAGCCGCCUGCGAUCAGCGGCGGUGCUGGCAGCGGCAUUGGCUGUGCAAUGGCGCCAAUGUGGGCGCCGGCGGCACCCGGCGCUUUGCCCGCCAGAGGCCACCAACCGGACCCGCUCGCGGACGAGGCGCACGCCGCUGAUGCGGUGUCGCCGCCGGCGCUGAUGUCGGUAGAGCACCCGGAGCCGCUGAUGCCGGUGUCGGUGGCGACGGGCUGGAUGUUCGCGCGGAGCCGACACAUCGCGAGCCAGAGCAUGCUGGAGGAGAGCUCUUCCUCGGCGCGCACCGCGGAGGAGCGGAAUGCGACGGGUGCGUCGACGCCCGGCAACUGGCCUGGCAGCGACACGGAAAGCGGGCUGGGAAGCGACGACAGACUGCCUUUAGCCAGCUACGUGCUGCCGGAGAACUCGCCCGGCGAGCGCACCAUCCAGCUGUUUCUGCUGCGCGCUCGAAAGUCCUACACGCGUCUGCGCCGCAAGCAGGUGCGCGUUCUGACCAAGCUGUUGCUUUAUGUGAAGGCAGCGGCUUUCACGGCGCUGGUGUUUACGCUGGUGUGCACUGGGUUGCAGUUGUCUGGUGUAUCAGCGAGAGGCAGGGAGGGUCUACAGUUUCGCGGUGGUGACACUCUGUCGGACGACUAUGUGCUGAAUGCUAGUCAUGUGGCACUCAUGUCACUCUCCCUUGCGUGCGUCGUUGUGGCCGUGGUGCUAGAUUUUGCUGUUGAGCGAAAACGGCUGUGGUAG